AUGAAGGGUUUUCGUAAUGAUGACAAGGUAAACCCAGAUGGCCACGUUCUAAGACUAAACUCACUUAUGCCUUUCUCCCAGGGACUCAUUAGGCCUCCCUUGGUCCGGUUGAUUGAAAACUACAAAAAUGUUGAUUUGAAGAUCGCUUUUUACAGUGGAAACCAUGGAGAUGGUGACCCGUUCGAAGGCCCAGGUGGAAUCUUGGCCCAUCCUUUUGCACCAACUGAUGGGAGGCUUCACUUUGAUGCCGAUGAGAGGUGGUCUAACGACGUGGUUCCUGGAUCAUUUAACUUAGAGUCUAUGGCUCUGCAUGAAAUUGGUUACCUUUUGGGGCAUAGCUCAAUUAAUGCCAACCAUUCCACCCGGUGUGAGCAAAAAACCUGGCUUCAGAUGGUAUUAAAGGACUCAAGGAUUUAUAUUCUUGAGGAGUGA